AGUAACCGUAAACGCCAUAAUAAACGAGUCGGAGUAGGCAAUCCAUCGGUCCUAUCUGUGACAUGUCAUGCUAACAUGAUGUGCAACACUAUCUUUUUGACCCGAGACAUUUCCACCAAUCGUUGAAUACUUUCUGGAUGUUUAUUAUCUAGAUAUCGGCUUUACAUAUAAAGUAUAUUUUUAGUUGGUGUAAGCUAUCAAACGAUCUACUUCGCGACCUUUGCUUAAUAUCUACAGUACUGUAGCUGACGUUAGUGCUACCAGAAAAUGUUCACCGGCAUAUAAGAUAGUUAACUAGACCGCUCAAUAGAUAGUCAGCAAAGUUGCAAAAUAUACAUAUCGCGUUUAAUUAUCUCCGGAAAGUUACUAACGGUCGUUAUUCUUUGCUUAUUUACUUUAAACAAUUGGGGAUAAUCUAUCAACAGCUCAAAACAAGAGUGAUGGUGCUUCCCUUGGUGAAUCUUUGUGCCAAAGAGGUUGUGAGUGAUCACAGUUCCUCUCCGGGUUGGCUUGGUUGUGUACCCAGGGAACUGUACAGACCGCUUCUGGAGGCUGCCUUCACCAACUGCCGCCCGCUGGCUGUCGGGGAAUUGGUGCAGCGAUGGCCCGAGCGGACUCUGCGGGCUGGCGGCCGGAGGCGGGGGCAGAGUCCUCCAAAUCGACUCUGUGUCCAGGCUCUUUUGCUCGCGGUGGUCAGAGGGUUGUCGGACAAAAGGUGUGCUCUCCAGGUGCUGGACCUAUGUGGGCUGCAGUGUGAGGAGGGAGGAGUGGGAGACCCAAUGGGUGGUUGGUCACUGACCGUGGCCCUCAGCACCAUGGUUGUACAGGCCAGGGCUGCAGCUCAGAAGGCCCUCGGGAGAGAGGGGGAACGGGAAAGGAAGAGAGUGCUGGCCAUGGAAAGGGAGAGAGACGUGGUCAAACGAGAAAGAGGAGGAGGGUUAGAGGAAGGAGAGGGAGGCGGGCUGCUGGUGGAGUCUGUGAGAAAAGAGAAAGAGGAGACAUCGGGGUGUCUGCGGGAGGACCAGCAGGUGAAGGGGGUAAGGAGGAGGAUGGAGAUGGAGAGGAGAAAGGAGAGUGCAGCAGUGGCAGGUGGCAAGGGGGAGGCAGACUCUGAGGUAGACAGCGAGGUGGUGGUGUGUGUGAGGGCUGACCUCUUUGUGAAUGCCCGCUCCUGGGAGCGUGUGCGCGCAGCCCUGGGUACGACAGGCCCCCUCAAGUUACAGUGCAGGUAUGUCCGUGUGGAGGAGCUCUCUGUCUCCAGCAUCGGAUCUCUGCUAGACCUCCUACCCCGUCAUGUCCUCCUGGGAGUGGACAUCCGCUACAGCUGCCUGGGGGUGGCCGGCCUGGCUCUCCUCCUCCCUCAGCUCUCCAUGUUCCCCAUGCUGAGCUCCUUGCGCCUGCACUAUUGCAACCUGGACAUCCGCAGAGACAUGGCCGGCCAGGAGGGGGCAAUGAAGGACAUGUCCCAGGGGCUGGGGAAGCUCAGUCAGCUGCGCCGCCUCAGCCUCACUGCCCUCCGGCUGCCUGGACACCUCCGCAUGCUGCUCAGCUCUUUCCCUCAGCCGCUGGAGGUGCUGGAGCUUCCCUACCUGAGCCUAACCCCCGCCGACCUCUCCUAUCUAUCCUGCAGCCCGCACGCCUCCUCACUGCAGCAAUUGGACCUGAGUGAGAACAGGCUGGAUGAGUUGGCCUUGCCCUCGGUGCGUCGCCUCCUCUCCCAGGCGUCCAGCUGCCUCAUGCAACUUUCCCUGAGCGGCUGUGGUCUCACCGACGGCCUGUUGGCGGCAAUGCUCCCGUCGCUCAGCUGCUGCCGGGGCCUGAAGAGCCUGGGCCUCGCCUUGAACCCGCUCUCCCUGGCCGGGCUCCUGGACCUGGUGAGGACGGCGGUCAGGAUGCCCUCCCUCCGACAGCUUCUGUACCCCAAUCCCCUGGAGGACUACCAGCCUGGGCUGCCCCCCAUGCCCUCCAGUGCCCAGCUGCUGGACUGGCCCUUGGAUGAGCUGGUGGAGGUCCACGAGGCCACCAGUCUCCAACUGGACAGGGUGGUGAUGGAGAGUGGCCGCUCGGACCUGUUACUGACCUGCGACCUUCUCAACUACAAUAAAGACUUGGUGGAGCAGUGAGGUCAUUGGAAGAAUGACCCCCUCCAAUUUUAAAACCACACGACUAUACACGUGCCUGCCUACUGUCAAUCAUUCAUAAUAAUUCGUCCUAAAUUGUCAAUGUUUUUAUACCUCAGUAUUGUUGGCAAUGCUUUUUAAAUAUAGAACACAAGCUGGUGAGGGGAGGACAGCUCACAGUAAUGGCUGGGAUGGAAUAAAUGGAACAGCAUGUGUUUGAAACCGUUCCAUUGAUUCUGUUCCAUUAAUUCCUAUGAGCCCGGUCUCCGAUUUAAAGUCCCACCAGCCACUACAGGCAGAAUAAUUCUGAUUACACUAUUCAGUCAUCUAGAUUUGUGUUACGAACUGAUUAUUCAACCGUUUCAGAGGAGCAUUAGGAUCUUACAGAAAAACAUACUUCAACGGGUGCUUACUAACAAGCCAACUCAAAUACUGUGUACUUAUUUACUUAUACAGUUGUUGGAUACACUGUAUGUCCGUUUGUGCCAAAUGACAGGGGGUAGGUUAUUGUAUAUUCUCAAAAGUAUAAGAAGAGGUAACAGUUCGGAUAGAGCGAGAUCAUCAGCCCAGUCCCAAUCCCACUGAGCUAAGGUUACAGCUUUUACCCUACCGUCAUGUGCCUUCCUGUCUGCCACCAGUGCCCGUGCAAGUCUGUUGUCCAGAAAGGGCAGUCUGAAUGGUGGUUACACAGACCCCGAUAAUCCCUAUCUAGUUUGUUUUUGGAAAACAUUUAAUCGUGUGAUAUGUUAACAGCUUAUUGGAAAUACAGCAAUCUGAUUAUGA